UAAUAUCGUCUCUGUUGUUAUGUCUGUUUUAUAGUAAUAGUAAUUAUAAAUUAAGUGAUCGAAUGUGAAUGUUUAACUGCGAAGAUUUCAAUUUCGGUUUAACAGCCUACAAUGGUUUCAUUAAAAAAAUUAAUCUGUUUGCCCACAGCACAUCACAGGGCUUGUUAUUCCACUUUGUCCGCCAGGUGUAUGAUUACCAUUACUUCCAGUGCCACCAACAAUGCCAGCAAUGAUGGAAUUCGACGGCAUGUUCACUUCAGCCCUGCACCACAACCCGCAAGUAGUAGUAGGAGUGGUGAAAACUUAAAUGACAAAAGUUACUUGUUAGAGUGCUUGUUAAGGAAUGUUUUAUUCAAAAAUGAACAUUGCAUUGCCAUAGCCAAACCAAAUGGUUUUCCAAUGCAAAGCAUCAAAUAUGAAGAAAAUUCAGAUAAAAAGAUUGAUAUAAGAGCAGAAAAUUUCUUUUCGAUGUCUACAUUAAAAAAUGAUUUAAAGAGGUACUUGAAUGUACCAGAUUUGUUUGAAGUUUUCACGCAAAAGAGGGAGUUUGGAGGAAUUGUGUUGUUUUGUUUUCAAAAAGAUGUUCAAAAUUUAUUAUCAAGAUAUUUCAAAAAUGCAAAAAUAAACAAGCUACACAUUUCUGAAUACAAAGUAAUAUCUGUAGGCAAAAUGACAAAACAGGAAGGAGUGGAUGAGAUGACCAUUGAACAAAACCAGAUCAAUAACAAUGUAAUGUCUACCCUGGUGAGGCAGCCAUCAAAGAACAAACAGAAAAUGCAUGGCAACUACACUAAUCUUGCCGUCAAAUUCAAAGUAACACAAUCCUCCAAAGUUGCAUUCAACUGCACAUUAAACAAUGUGACUGUUUGGCCUACAACAACCAAAUGGGAUGCCUUGGAAAUGUUUUUCAUUCAUAAGAUGUCAGCCAUUUUGGGUGAUCACAAGUACAGUAGCCGAAUAAGAAACUUGCUAGACAAACAAGUUUUAGUGAAACCAGAGCAAGCACACCCUGAGCCGCAGGCUUUGCCAAAGGAGGUUUGCAGCUUAUUGAAGGUUCCAGAAAGUGAUACAUCAAAUAUUUUAAGCCACGUUUUUUGUACUAAGCUCAUCAUACCAAAAUUGUUUUAUGAUGGAAAUAGAACUUUAACAUAUAAUAGAAUGUGCAACAGAAAAUCUCUUGGGCCAGAUUUUGGAACAUACGCUAAAGAGAACAUCCAUAAUACAGAUGAACAGACAAUCAACUGUGAUCAACAAAAGUCAUUGAUAAUUAUAGAAGCGGCCUUGCCGACUUUUUUUCAAGAAACCGUUAAUUAUUUUAAUUUAAUGUAGAUUGAAUUCUUGAUAACGUAAGUUAUGUUUGGUAAAAAUCUUGUUUCAUUUGUAAUCACAUACAUUUAAUGUUUGCUAAGUAAAUAAUGUAUCGUGACUCGUGAU